AUGGAAUACGUGCUGAAUGGGGGACCCUGGGCUUUUGAGAAUAAUGCUCUUGUGUGUCGAGAGGUGUUGGAUGGGGUAAAUCCUGUGGAUGUAGAGCUGGAUAUGAUUGACAUGUGGGUACAGUUGCAUGAUAUGCCAAAGGGAUACACGUCACAUGCAAUUCUGGAACAUGCAGGGAAUUUUUUGGGCUCUUUUGUUAAACAUGAUGACCGAUUUGAAGGGGCGCCAUGGCUAACGUUUCACCGUAUUCGGGUGUCAAUCUCGGUUGAUAGACCACUUAGAAGAAGGAUGAGGUUGAUGAAGAGAGAUGGGACUACAGCAUGGGUAAAUUUUAAAUAUGAACGACUGCAUAAGUUUUGCUAUUUUUGUGGUUGUAUGGGUCACUUGCAUACUUUCUGUAUACACGCUAGGGAGGCUGGAAUUCCGGUGGAAAGGUACCUGUACGGCCCGGAUAUGCGAGCUGGUGGAUCCCAGAGCGCUCCUAGAGCGGUUGGGGAUAGCUGGCUUGUUCCGGUUGGCGGGAAACCACGACCACUGGGAGUCAAACUACGUGUGGUAGAUGGGGGGCAGGGAAGUGGGGGUGUCACACCCACGAGUAUGUCUGAGGAUGAGGUGGUGGUGGCUACGGCAAAGCGUCGUAGGCAUGGGACGGAGGGGGGGUGA